GCACCCAGCGGGAUAAAUUGGCGUUACACAGGAUAUUUUGCCAAGAUGGCUGCCAGUUGGUUGUCUUAUACGCAGGUCCAGUGUCUAUAGUGCAUUUGAAAUUAAUUUUUGCAGCUGUUGUACUACCUACUUAAAAAAUUUUUAAAUGUUGUUUGUUUCAUCAGUUCGAUCGAGCAGGUAGAGGUACCUAACCGCUCUUUAUUAGAAUCUUUCAUCCAAUCAUCUAUCCAGUUCAAAAGAAAAUACAUUAUAAAACGAAGAACACGGAAAAUAAGCACGAUCUCACCAUCGACGCAUAGAAUUAAUUCCACCGGCAAUCCGGCAUCACACAACUAACAAGUGGAAAAGGAUAUUUCAAAUUUUACAUCCGUUCUCGUGACUUGUUCAUACAACGAACUCUGCUCAAUAUGCCUAAUUGUUGUAGUUCAGUAUGUACUUCGGCCGAUGGUCGAUUGGAUACCAAAAUCAAUCUUCAUACAGUAACGUAUAUUUGGAGAAUAGAGAAUUUCAGCUUUCAUGAAGCAGUUGGAGAUAAUUUAACCUCCUCUACUUUCUCCGCUAUCGAUGAUAAUGAAACCGAAUGGUAUUUGCUACUGAAACCUAGUUUCAUGGAGGCCGAAAAGGAUUACAUUUCCUUCUUUGUAUACCUAAGCUCUCAAACAGAUGUAUUUGUCGAAUUCUCAGCAUGCCUUUUGGAUCGAGAGCAACAAGAAGCGCUACCCUCCCUUCUAAGCACGACUAAAAUAAGGAAACUCAUAACCGAAAAUGGUCGAGGCUGGAAAACAUUUUACGAAAAAGACGAGUAUUUCAAUAACACUUUGUUGAUUGAUGAUGCAUUAACGUUUAAGGUUGUGUUGACUUACUCCACACGCGAUGCUGUUAAUAAUCUUCAACAUGAAUGUAUCAACACUUCGCUAUAUCGCAAUGUUCCAGAAUGUAAUCUUUCUCAUCACUUUGGAUCGUUGCUUGAAAAUCCCAACCUCGCUGAUGUCGUACUUUCAACUAAUGGAAAUGAUUAUCCAGCUCACAAAAUUAUUUUAGCUGCCUGCAGUCCGGUUUUUGCUGCCAUGUUUAAACACGACGCGAAAGAAAAUGAAGAAAAUCGCGUGUAUAUUGAUGACAUAGAUGAAAAAGUAGUCAGUGAAAUGCUUCAAUUCAUAUAUACUGGAAAAUGUGAAAAACUAGCUGAGCUAGCGACUGGUUUAUUAGCAGCGGCUGAUAAGUAUGAUUUGAAUCGUUUAAAAAUGAUUUGCGCGAAUGAAUUGUACGAGAAGUUAUCGGUGGAAAAUGCUGCGAGUAUUUUGACAUUGGCAGAUAUGCACAGCGUCAAGGAACUGAAAGACGAAGUGAUCAAGUUUAUAGUUUCGAAACGUACCGAAGUAUUGAAUACAGAUGGUUGGAAGAGUAUUCAGAAUAUCGAGCUGGUCAAAGAAGUAUGCUCAGUUGCUUUGGCUAAACAAUAAAUCACAUACCUAUGACUGAAUAAUUUUAUAUUUCGUUUUUUAUGUCAUAUGCUGCGCCAAGUUGCAAGUU